CCGAUUCUUGGGGGUAUAAAAGUUGCCCACGUUCGUUUCUCGCCAUGAAUGAGUGUAGGAGCAGUCGAGGAAACACCUCCAGUGUAGGGAUCAACGUUUUUUACUACUACCUCGAUCCAACUUUUAUGCAACUAUGGCCAAGUGUACAUUCCAUUGUCAAGAGGACACCUCGGAGCUCGUCGCGUUCUGCUUGCUGCUACUGCUAACCAUGGCCGCGGUAGGAGACUCCAGCCCAAUCCCUCCCACAACUACAAGAUCAGCGACAACAGAAAGAAGAACGGCCUGCGAGCAACUAGACGAGAACGUCCGCAUCGUCCACAGACUUUUUCUCACCACAGAAAAAUUCUUUAAACACUUCAAUGAGCUAAGGUUCGGCAACCCGGAGUAUUCCAACCGUGACCUGACUCUCAGAGGGCUUCCUGAACUUAGCACGUCUUACACCGACUGGGAAAGUUUAACGAGUGAUGUACGUCUGACCACCAUGCGCCACAACCUCCACCUACUCUACCCUUUCUUAGACGUGCUGGAAGUAGACGAGGGCGAGGCUGUGGUGAGAGAAGCCGGGAGGCUGGAGGAGAAGUUGUCCAGGCAACUACAGAACGUCUUGUCGCACACGAGAAGCCUCAUGCGCGCCAUUAGUACUACGAAUACAACAUGGUCCUAUGUCACAUGCCUGUUGUUAUGCAAUAAUGAAACAGAAACAGAAACAAAGAUGCACUUGAUGAACAUUGAGAAUGACGAGACCGACAACGCAACACCAGCGCCCGUGCAUCUCUCCGAAACGCCUUCCGAGUACGACCGCAGUCUCCGAGACCACAUUAUUAUACGAGACUUCGUGGACUUUCUCAGGAGAGUCCAACGAGACUUCAUGAAACUUCGCUACAACAAUGGCUGCCGCAGAACGACACGGAGUCCCACCCACACCGGGAGACGGUCGUGACGUCAUCGACUCGUGAGCGCAUCUUCGCGUAUCUGAUGACGUCAUAAACUUGCCAAGGAGAAGCAGUUAAAAAAUUCCGUGCCAACGUGGAGCAAAAAAAACAACAACUGUAGAAUAUUUUUUCAUGCGGGUAGCAUAUGCAGAAAUUUCAUUCGCAGGUAACUUUUAAUCCGUUCCAUGCCGCAUCAGCUGUGACGUAAUCCCAAGUGGCCGCCUCACGCGACAUUGUGUUUGAACUCUGAACCCUGGUUGCCGGGCAACCAUUCCUUCUAAGAGUAUCUAUUCCCUGUUUCCAAAGUCAACCUUAGUGUACACUAUUUUGAUACUAUUAAGGGUUUAAUACGGAAUUUUGUAUAUUUUUUAUACUUCUCAUGAAUCGUGCGAAGUUUGUUGCAUAGUGACCCCGACACACGCUGGUAUAAAUGCUGCUAGUUAGGACAUGAUGUGUGCGUGUGCAAUAUGUAUGUCAGCAUGACAUAGUAUUUAUUGUGUAUCAUAAAACACAUUUAGCUAUAGCAAACAAAAAUCUUAUAUGGAAAUCACAAUGUUACCGGGUGCUACAAAAACUAUUGUGCCAGAGAAUACUGAAAAUAUCAAUAUUUAAGCAAAGAUAGAUAUCUAUAAGACUGCGUCACAACACUAGUUGAAUUGUACAUAAGAUAGAAACUUUGUGGUAGGUUUAUGGUUAAGCUUAUUUAUUGUGUGUUUUCUUAUUAUUUAUUUAUCAAUAAGGUUUAUACCCCUACAGUUCAUUCAGUUAUACUUCAGAUAUUUAAUUUAUCAUGUGGCGUUAUCGCACCUUUGAUUUUGUUUUAAUGCUAUUUAUUACAGUAAUUUAUAAGAUUUGCCUUUAAUUAUUUAUACCAAAGAAUUUCAAAACCAACGUAUUGUUAAAAUGUGUGUAAUUCUACAGAGAGUUGAAUGAAUAAAGAGUUUUUUUACAAG